CGUCGUGGCCGGAAGCGUCUCGCGGCUGUCACGCGUUUACACGCAAACUCUGAUCCUCGCGUUCUCUAACUUAUCUGACGACCAAUACGGUCGCGUUGUACUUUGCAAGUUCCGAAACUUUGUGCGGGGUAAAAUUUCGAAAGAAAGUCCGCGAGCCGGCGAAUCGUGAUAUUUUCGCUGACGUUUCUUUUCCGCGAAACUUGCGCGAUUAACUCGCGCCGGGGCGAGAUACUCGGCGCGAUACUCCGGAAAGUUACUACACGGGGGACGUAAAGAGAUUACCCCAUUAAAGUUCAGACGAAAGCCGUAACUUUUUAUUUCAGAGAAAGACAAAAAAAAAGAAGGAGACAAUUAAGCUAUAGCCUCGCAUUUUCUUCGUGUCAAUCGGGUGCUUUUGAUCAAAGAUAAAAGUUCGACUGUUCGAUGAAUAGCGGGAAUAUCUAGUUGCGCUAAGGGGCACUUUAAGUUACUUCGUUAAGUUACGCUAAGGGGAUCCCGGAUCGUGGAAGCUCGUCCGUGAGGGAUAGCAAGGUAGCUUUCGGCAAGCUGACAUUAUCGAGAACAAACAAGUAGAUCGAGGAUUCGCGGCGGGGUGGGUAUUAUGUCCCAAGGCUAGAGAAAAGAGACCGAAGCAGCGGGAGCGGCAGCAGUAGUAGCAGCUGCAGCAGAAGUAGGAGGUGGAGGAAGCGGAAGAGGAGGAAGCGGAGAAAAGUGGAAAGACGUUAGAGAGAGCAUCGAGAGCGAAGGACGAGAAGGCGGAGAAAGCUCGGAAGCUCGAGCCUCGGGGUUAUUACGGAAGGCAAGUUAGACAGGCAAGAUAGGAUUUCGAUCAGGGCACUUUCGGGCCGCAGUGGUUGAGAGCCGAUUAAUGCGAUCGGCUCUAAUUAGCUAUCAACUGUUUCGCUCAGAUUGUUCUUCGCAUUUCCGUCCGACGAUCCUGCGCGAACCUUUCACUUCAGCCAACUGAGACGUCGACGUUCUUGAAAGAAGAAGAGCGAAUCGACCACAUUUUGAUGCCGAUUCCAAGUAUCUUCGGAGUCAUUCAGCAAUGAUGACGGGCGUAGCAAUCGUGAGGAACGUCUCCGCGUUUGUUAUUGACUGAUUGAUCAGACUGACCGAUCCGACGAGCGAUCGAUCCACGCAUUAAUCGGACGAUGCUCGAGAAAAGCACGUAAGGAUUACGGGUGCCAGUUCCUCUACGCUUUUCUUUCGCCGAGGGAAACCUGCCGGAGAAAGAGCUAAGAUGUGCGCGAGAUCGUUGCUACUGUGCGUCCUCGGCAUCAUCGUUGUCGUCAACGAAUCCGAGGCCAGCUGGGAGGAAUGGUGGACCUACGACGGCAUUUCCGGACCUUCGUUUUGGGGCCUGAUAAAUCCGCAGUGGUCCCUCUGCAGCAAAGGCAGGCGGCAGAGUCCCAUCAACAUCGAGCCGGACAAGUUGCUCUUUGAUCGUCACUUGAGACCAGUGCAUGUCGACAAACACAGGAUUUCCGGACACUUACACAACACCGGGCAGUUCCUGGUGUUUAAAGCGGACAGGGAGGCGAAGAUACGAGUCAAUAUAACUGGUGGCCCGCUCGCAUAUCACUAUCAGUUCGAAGAAAUAUAUAUUCACUAUGGAAUGGACGAUGCUCACGGUUCCGAGCAUCACAUCAAUAACUACGCUUUCCCUGCCGAGAUACAAAUCUACGGCUUCAACGCCGAACUGUAUCACAAUAUGAGCGAGGCGCAGCAUAAAAGUCAAGGCCUGGUGGCGAUCUCGUUAAUGGUGCAGCUCGGCGAGACGUUAAAUCCCGAGCUGCAAAUCAUCACCAGUGUGUUCAACAAGGUCAUACAUCGAGGAGACACCGCGCCUGUGCGCUACCUAUCCUUAAAAAGCCUUCUUCCGGACACUUCCGGUUACAUGACUUACGAGGGCAGCACAACGCACCCCGGUUGUUGGGAAACGGCGGUGUGGCUAAUUCUCAACAAACCAAUUUACAUCACAGCACGAGAGCUAUACGUCCUAAGGAAAUUAAUGCAGGGCCCUGCCAGCACGCCGAAAGCGCCGCUUGGUAACAAUUCUAGACCGCUGCAGGGUCUUCAUUACAGAACUGUACGAACAAAUAUCGAUUUUGCCAAGCGAGGAAACGCCAAGUGUCCGUCGAUGGCGCAGGACAUGCAUUAUAAAGAUGACUUUUUCCUUCCAGCCAACACGUGGCGGGACGACGGCUCCCUCUCUCAAAACGUACUCUGAGGCUAUCCCGCGGCAGGACCACGAGAGGAGAUUUUUUUCUAAAGGCAGGAAACGGGACGAGUUCGUGUUGCGCGAUGCGCGCGGAAGAGUGAGAGCUACUUUCUGAUGAGGAAACGAGAUUUGCCGCGGCUGUGUGAGAUACGGACGUGAUUUUUCAACGGCCGUAAACCGACGCGAAAUGAACCAUAGCGAUGCCUGUGUCUUAAAGCGGACAGACAAGAGUGUAAUAUAAACUACGAACAAGUUGCAUAUUUAAUUUGUAGAUAAGUUUGUCACAUAAAUGAAACUUCGUUUUCAUUCUCCGGAGUAGCGGAGUCAAAGCUGCUGCGUGUGUCGCUGCCUCGCUAAUGUCAUUCCCGUCGACGCGAGUGAUCAAAGGAGCACCGAUGUCCCGGCGGGAUUACGAGUUUUCAUUUAACGCUGUAAGUUCACGCACCGGAGACUAACAGUUAUCAGAGGUGGGCCGGUAAAACAAUACGUGUUGUCGUAAGCUAUAAUUUUGUAAAACGGACAAUAGCGCGCUUUCAGCCGACGAAUGAUUCCUAAUAACGAGAAGAUAUAGGCGUUGUUUCCUAUAUAAGGUAAGAGAAACUUUUUUAAACGUACUGCCCAUCGCUGAUAAUCGCGCACAAUCGUUCCGUUUACGCUGCGAGGGUUCGCGCGCGCGGUCGCGAGCAGACGCGAUAAAAACGAUCGAUCUCGCUGAUGAGCCUGUAAAUCGGUCGAGUUGUUUGACAGGUUUUUGUCAAUUAUUUCGUAGCCAAUGGCGAUGCGACGUGUAAAACGAUGUAAAACGAAAUCCGUUACGAGAUGAAGGAAGGGAAAAUGGGAUGGG